GGAUCGCCGCCGCCAGCAAAUUAAGGCUCAGGGCAGCGAGCGCCGGGGCGCAGUGUUCCUGGCUCUGCGCCGCGCUCCGCACGCCCGCGCCCUAGCUGCGGCGCUCCGCUGAUCGUCACCGCAGCCUGGGACGUCCCGGCUGUCCCCAGCCCCAGAGGGAGGAAGGACGCUGACGGGAUGCUCCGGGACCCCAGGGCUUUGUGCAGCUGAUGCUCAUUUCCGCCUUCGGGCUGUGCAGCCUGUCGUCCUGCCGAGCGUCCUGGGGCGUGCGCACCCGUUGGAGUGCCUGGUGGGUCCCCUCCUCUCUGGCUGCUUCGAAGUCUCUGCGGCUCUGUGGCUUUGCGGUGGGUGAUAGAGGCUAGUGCGGAGCUCUGAGAGGUUGGAGCUGACUCUUCUGGAGUCUCUGGCCCCGCUGUGACUGCUCUCGGAAACUUUGCGCUGUGUUUCGGGUCUUUGUCUCCCUUGGGGAAGCUGGACGGCAGUUCAGCCGACCUCGUCCCUGGCCAGGACCGCGUGCUGGGGACCAUGGAGUUCACGGCGUCGCCCAAGCCCCAACUUUCCUCCCGGGCCAACGCCUUCUCCAUUGCCGCGCUCAUGUCGAGCGGCGGCUCCAAGGAGAAGGAGGCGACGGAGAACACCAUCAAACCCCUGGAGCAAUUUGUGGAGAAGUCGUCCUGUGCCCAGCCCUUGGGUGAGCUGGCCAGCCUGGAUGCUCACGGGGAGUUUGGUGGAGGCGGUGGCAGCAGCCCAUCCUCCUCUUCUCUGUGCACUGAGCCGCUGAUCCCCACCACCCCCAUCAUCCCCAGUGAGGAAAUGGCCAAAAUCGCCUGCAGCCUGGAGACCAAGGAGCUUUGGGACAAAUUCCAUGAGCUGGGCACCGAGAUGAUCAUCACCAAGUCGGGCAGGAGGAUGUUUCCCACCAUCCGGGUGUCCUUUUCCGGGGUGGAUCCUGAGGCCAAGUACAUAGUCUUGAUGGACAUCGUCCCUGUGGACAACAAGAGGUACCGCUACGCCUACCACCGGUCCUCCUGGCUGGUGGCUGGCAAGGCCGACCCGCCGUUGCCAGCCAGGCUCUAUGUGCACCCAGAUUCUCCUUUUACGGGUGAGCAACUACUCAAACAAAUGGUGUCUUUUGAAAAGGUGAAACUCACCAACAAUGAACUGGAUCAACAUGGCCAUAUAAUUUUGAACUCAAUGCAUAAGUACCAGCCAAGGGUACACAUCAUUAAGAAGAAAGACCACACAGCCUCAUUGCUCAACCUGAAGUCUGAAGAAUUUAGAACUUUUAUCUUUCCAGAAACAGUUUUUACGGCAGUCACAGCCUACCAGAAUCAACUGAUAACCAAGCUGAAAAUAGAUAGCAAUCCUUUUGCCAAAGGAUUCCGGGACUCCUCCAGGCUCACUGACAUUGAGAGGGAAAGUGUGGAGAGCCUGAUUCAAAAGCAUUCCUAUGCGCGCUCACCCAUCCGUACCUAUGGAGGGGAAGAGGAUGUCUUGGGGGAUGAGAGUCAGACAACCCCAAAUCGAGGGUCAGCCUUUACAACAUCUGAUAAUUUGUCACUAAGUUCCUGGGUAUCAUCUUCUUCCAGUUUUCCUGGGUUUCAGCACCCACAGUCCCUGACUGCUCUUGGCACCAGCACAGCAUCCAUAGCAACACCCAUUCCUCACCCCAUCCAGGGUUCUCUGCCUCCAUAUAGCCGACUGGGAAUGCCUCUGACCCCAUCGGCCAUUGCCAGCUCCAUGCAAGGGAGUGGCCCCACAUUCCCUUCAUUCCACAUGCCUCGAUACCAUCACUAUUUUCAGCAGGGGCCCUAUGCUGCCAUUCAAGGACUGCGCCAUUCCUCUGCUGUGAUGACGCCAUUUGUAUGACUCUUCUAAAAAUGGGAGAAUCCAGAUCCAGAAUGCGCAAAUGGGUAUGGAAAUACAGGA